AUGAAAAUGAAGAAUCCAACUUUAUUUGAAGAUUUAUCGAAUGAAGUAUUAUAUGAAAUCUUUGAUUAUUUAAAUGCAUUCGAUGUAUUCUUAACAUUUACUUCUCUUAAUGAACGUAUUUCAACUAUUCUAAAAUAUAUUCGUCUUCAUAUAAUUGUCGAUUCGAUUAUUCCAAAUGCUCUAUCUAUAAACAAAGAUGAUUUACCUAUAGUAGCAUCAUUAAAAAAAUUCGAUUUGCAAAUAUUGACACAGUUUGAUAUACAUUCACUUAGUCUUAUUCUUUAUUGUAUGCCUAAUCUUCAGGAUAUUAAUUUUACAUUUAUCACUGAAUAUUUUGAUACACCAUAUAUUGAUGUCUUACUCAAUGGAAAUAUUUGGCAACAAAUAUUGAUAAGUCAUGUGCCAUAUUUGAAUACAUUCAAUAUUCAUAUAUCUCUUCUUACGAACGAUGGAUUAUUCGAUUUACAGUCGAUUCUUGACUCGUUUCGAUGUUUUCUCACACAAUUUGAUGGUUGGCAUAUGGCUAUUAGUCGAUUGGAAACCUUCCGAUACUCCAUACCAUAUAAACGGAUUGUUUUGCGCACACUGAACUACCAACAUUCCGUAGCACGAUAUAAAUAUUUCGAAAUACCAGAUAUAUGUUGUAGUACAUUCGAAAUGAUAUCAACAGAUUCAUCAGAUGCGAAUGAUCAUCGCUUUCAAUCUCACAUAAACUCGAUAGAACUUUUUAUGCCAAGAUAUAUGGAAAGACAAGCCAUUCAAUUAUCUUCAAAUAUUCCAUUUAGAAAGAUUUAUUCGCUUGUGAUAAAUUUCAUGGAACAUUUAUCAAUAACUUCGUUUGUAGAGAAUGUAUUUACAUUUAGUGAUUUAUAG